UGUCGUCCAUGGUUACGGUCUUCAAAAUACUAACAUGUCGUGUGAUCAAAGACUCACCGUCGCUGCCACGGGAGCAUGAUAUAGCCACACGGCCCCACCCUGAGGAGGCCGAAAGCCCCUCCACACCCACACAGCCUCAGUCGGACUCUUCAGAUGCCCAGCGUAGGGCAUUCCAAUUUGUCUCGAGGGGCGUCUCCAUCGCGCUGUGCCUCGCCUCCCUGUCCUCUGCAGGCCCAGACGAGGGGCCAUCGGAUGCUCUGUCUCGACUGCAGCCCGAUAUUGAACGCUACUUCUUCUCACUCCCUAUCAUCUGUGCUGGGACGUUCCGAGAUCUCGCUUUCCGGGGUGAUGCCAGGGCACUAGUUGUGCUGUUGCAUUUCUACCGUGCGGCACGAGUCCUUCUCACCGGUCCCCAGAGCUGGUGGGCAUGCGAGAGGAGUCGAGUCCUCGAGAGCCUGAUUUUGAGAGAUCUGACAGCCAAGGGGCUAGAGGCUUACGCCUGGGCGCCUGGGUGGGAAGCAAGCCAGGAUGCGUCGGCGCAGCCUGUCAGUCAAGAUAGAAAAGAAGGGUGUCAGCUCUAGUUUGACACGUCAUGGCGAUCAAUCCAAUCCAGUCGGAGCGUCCUCAACUUUGACAG